AUGGGGGCGGCGGCGGCGGAAGCCGAUCGGACUCUCUUUGUGGGCAACCUGGAAACUAAAGUGACCGAGGAGCUCCUUUUCGAGCUUUUCCACCAGGCUGGGCCAGUAAUAAAAGUGAAAAUUCCAAAAGACAAGGAUGGUAAACCAAAGCAGUUUGCAUUUGUGAAUUUCAAACAUGAAGUAUCUGUUCCUUAUGCCAUGAAUCUACUUAAUGGAAUAAAACUUUUUGGAAGGCCCAUCAAAAUUCAGUUUAGAUCAGGAAGUAGCCAUGCCUCACAGGAUGUUAGUUUGUCAUAUUCCCAGCAUCAUGUUGGAAACUCAAGCCCUACCUCCACAUCUCCUAACAGACAUGAAAGGACUAUGGAUAACAUGACUCCAUCACAACAGAUAAUUCAGAGAUCUUUCUCUUCUCCAGAAAAUUUUCAGAAACAAGCAGUGAUGAACAACGUUUUGAGACAGAUGCCAUAUGGCGGGAAAUUUGGUUCUCCGCAUUUUGAUCAGUCAGGAUUUUCCCCAUCAGUUCAGUCACAUAAUCAUAGUUAUAACCAAUCUUCAAGCUCCCAGUGGCGUCAAGAUACACCAGCAUUACUGCGUAAAACCAGGCAGAGUUCUCAUCCCUACAUAGUAGACAGACACUAUAGUCGUGAACAGCAUUACAGAGGACAUAGAGAUGAUUACUUCUAUGAAGACAGGAAUCGCGAUGGCUGGAGCCAUGACCACGAUAACAGAAGAGACAGCAGUAGAGCUGGAAAGUGGCAUUAA